AUGACGCGCAGGGGAGGGGACCUCACGGCAGGUAAUAAAUCAUCAUUAAUCAAGAAGAUAUCUUCAGCACCGGAAUCUCCUGGCUUUAAAAAGGAACCACCCAAAGAGAAAGACUUUCGAAACCCAGGGCUCAGAGGGGUCCGCGCAAUAACUUAAUUUUGAGCUGUGAAUCCAGAGCUCUUCAUUAAACUUAACCACCCUGUAAUGGCUUUCGGAUUGAUAACCCUUUCACUUUGCAUGGCGUAUAUUGGUUAUCUACAUGCAACACAAGAGAAUACAAAGGACAUAUAUGAAGCUGUUGGUAGUGAGGGACACAGUUACAUGAGGAGGAGAACAUCUGAAUGGGAUUAAUAGUGCUGGAUACCGCAGAUGGAGCUUCGUAAAAGGCUCUGAAAUCUUUGAAGGAAAGACUUUGUGAGUGCAUAGUAUCAGCUUCUUGUUCUGGAACGUGUU